AUGGGAACUGGUACAACAAUGGUGUCUGGAAAAGUAAGGAAAGAUCUCUCGACCAAAACGUAUCAAAAUGGUAAUAUUCCGAUCGUUGCUUCUACAGAGAAUCGUUCAAGUUCACGUAAGAAGAAGAUGAUCCAACGACGGAACAAGGAAACUGUCAUCUGUCCUGUCCAGAAACUGUUCGAGACUUGUAAGAAAGUUUUCGCUAAUUGCAAAUCCGGAACCGUCCCUUCUCCUCAACACAUUCAGAUGCUUCGAGCUGUUCUCGACGAAAUCAAGCCUGAAGAUGUUGGUGUGAGUCCUAAAAUGCCGUUUUUUCGAUCGAAAAUGACCGGUCGAUCUCCGUUAGUAACUUACCUUCACAUCCAUAAAUGUCAUAGAUUCUCGAUUGGCAUAUUCUGUUUACCACCAUCUGGUGUAAUCCCACUUCACAAUCACCCGGAAAUGACUGUAUUUAGUAAGCUCUUGUUUGGUACAAUUCACAUCAAAUCCUAUGAUUGGGUUUCGGAUUCUCCUCAGCCGAGUUUGGAUACUCGUUUGGCGAAAGUGAAAGUAGAUUCGGAAUUUACGGCACCUUGUGAUACUUCUAUACUCUAUCCGACGGAUGGAGGGAAUUUGCAUUGUUUCAUCGCGAAAACCGCUUGUGCGGUUCUUGAUGUUCUUGGUCCUCCGUACUCUGAUCCCGCAGGACGUCAUUGUACUUACUAUUUCGAUUACCCCUUCUCCAGUUACUCAGUUGAUGGAGUCGAUGUACCGGAAGAGGAGAAGGAAGGUUAUGCGUGGUUGAAGGAGAGGGAAGAGGAGCCAGAGGAUUUGAAGAUGUCUUUGAAAGUACAAAAGGACAGAAUCUAG